GUCAGGCGGGAGUCUAUUAUUGUCAUCGAUAGUCAUAUCUAUACGGUUAUGAAAUCGACAGCCCUGGUGCAAAGAAUCUUGUGAGCUGCGGAGCAAGGAAAUUCUGUUGAAUGCAAAGCCGAAAACGCUUUACAGGACAAAGAAAUGAACGUGAACGACGACUCGGACGAGGAUGCUCGCGAGGAGGUGCGUCAGAUAAAGCAUGGCGAGCUGCGUGCGGCGGUCAAUGCUGGAGAUGAACGCACUGUGCGUGUGCUGCUGGAGGCAUUGGGCAGGGAGCGCCAGAUCAUUGUCAAUAUGGCACCAUCCGGCGCCAAUACGCUGCUCUUUCUGGCCAGUCAGUCGGGUUUUGAGAGCAUCACACAACGUUUACUCGAUGCUGGUGCGGAUGGACGCUCCCAUGCGGUCACAAAGUACUCACCACUUUACGCUGCCGUGCACAAUGGACACUAUGGGAUUGCUAAGAUGAUGUUGGAGCGCUUUCCGGAACUGAUACAACAGGCGACAGUUGAACGUUGGUUGCCGUUGCAUGCGGCUUGCAUUAAUGGUCAUAUCAAGCUAUUGGAACUGAUAAUCGGUUAUCAAUAUCCCGACUACCUCUAUCAGACAUAUCGUGAUGAGGAGGGCCAAUGGGAGUGGCGACUGCCCUUCGAUGCGAAUGCCCAGGAUGUAACGGGUCAAACCAGUCUUUACAUUGCCAGUUUGCUGGGCAACAAACAGUUACUUGGAGUACUCCUCAAGUGGACACUGCGUUGUCAUCGCACCCUAGGUGAGGAUGCAGGCAGCUCCACCGCUGGACAAUCUACACCAAUAACGCCAACGAGAAAGCGCAUUUCCUUUGGCAUACAGGCGAUUAUGUCUAAGCUGCACAUAUCCGGCGAGGGGGAGACGUUGGAAGCGCAGUCCUCGCAGGAACAGGAGUCACAACGUUGUCCCAUCCACAUAAAUCUGUUGUGUGGUGCAGCUCGGGAGACAGCGCUGCUGGCUGCGGUGCGUGGUGGACACUUGGAUGUGGCACAGGCGUUGCUACAACACGGUGCGAACCCUAAUAUUGUGGCCAAACCUGUGGAGGAUCACAAUGAUCCCAAGUGCAGCGAAGAAAUCUAUGGCUUAAGCAAUGUUCCCAUUGCCGAGGCCUGCAAACAACGCUCCCUGCCCAUGCUGGAUCUGCUGCUCAAGUUUGGAGCACGCGAUGAUAAUGGCACCGCAAUAAGUGUCGCAAUUGCUAGCGAGGAUGAGACUUUACUCAGCCGUCUGCUGGCUAGACGUGUGCAUCCCGACUCAGAUUAUAAGAUUAAUAAGAAGGGUCUGCCCACACCACUGGAGGUGAAUGUAUUUCUGCCCUCUGCCAGCAAUAUAUCCUACAGCGCCAUGUUUCCCAAUGUGCCGACUAUUAUCGAUUGGCACAGUCUCAGCAUGAACGUGCAACUCCCCUUUGUGCGCUGUUCCUGGUUGGUGAGCGGUGUGCUCCAACUGAAUCCCAAACUGAUGGCGCAUCCCAGGCUCAACGAGGUGGCACUUACUGCGAUAACACGCAUAGACUUCUCGCACAAUGUGCUAAGCAACAUUCCGCCGGAACUCUUCAAUCUCGUCAGCCUCAAAUAUCUCAAUAUUGCUCAGAACAAGAUCACAGAGCUGCCUGCUCCACUGGGAAAGACCUACAAUUGCCCGGUGCUGGACGAGCUCUUUCUGCAGGACAAUCAGUUGACUAGUCUACCGGCGGCAAUCUUUCAGUUGCCCGCCUUGACCAUCUUGGACAUCUCGAACAAUAAGUUGCAACAGUUGCCAUUUGAUAUGUGGCGUGCUCCCAAGUUGCGUGAACUGAAUGUCGCCUUCAAUCUGCUGCGUGAGCUGCCUGUGCCGCCCAUGCAAACAAGUGGAUCGCUGCUGAGUCUGGACAAGCUACAGUUGCUGCAAUCCUGCGAUGAACCGUCCUCGAACAAACCGCAUACACUCUGCCAGCAAACCUUAACACAUCGCAAUCUUUGGUCAACGGCAUUGGAUAUAACGGACAAUGAUGUAAAGUGGCAGCAGGAUCAGGAGCAGGAGCAGGAACAAGCUGUUGCCGAGGGCAAAGCUCCACAUGGCGCCUCACAGCUGAGCAGUCUCAAUAUAGCCAACAAUUUGUUUACGAGUAUUCCAGCUGCUUUGCCCUGUCUGGCGGUUAACUUGACCCGCUUGAACAUGUCCUACAAUAGUCUGAGAUCAAUGGGUCAUGUGACCAGCUAUCCAGCCACAUUGAAGCAGCUGGAUUUGAGCCAUAAUGAGAUCUCUUGUUGGCCCAGUUUGCCGCGCAUUACGGAUUCCGAUCCGAAUUUAUUGUGCUACAGCUAUGUCCAGCAGCCAGAUGGCAUUGAUGAGCCCAUUUAUAAAGCAUCGAAGGGCAGCAGCUGCUCCUUUCGUGCCUCGGUGCUGAAGAGCGUCUGCCGGCACAGGCGUCACCUGCGUCUGGAGGCGCUGCGCACUCUCAUCCUGGCCGAUAACCUCUUGACACGCAUUCAGUUAUCCACAGAUGAUGCCACGACGCUGUUCAAUGAGAGCGAGGAUGCGGAUUGGAGUGUUGUGGGUGUCAACAAAUCGAAAGUAAUAUUUCCCAAUCUCUCCAUGCUGGACAUGACCAACAAUUGCCUGAAGGAAAUACCAGCAUCUCUGCAUGAACUGAGCAGUUUGUCCGUUUUGAAUAUCAGUGGAAAUGUGCAGAUUACGGACUUGCCGCCACAUCUGGGAUUACUUUCCAGACUGUGGAAUCUGAACACACGUGGUUGUCUGCUGCAGGAGCCACUGCGUUCCAUGAUUGAGAGCAAGAAGCACAAGACAAUGGACAUUGUGGGUUAUCUCAAGUCCAUCUACGAGGAUGCACAACCUUAUGCGAGAAUGAAACUAAUGGUAGUUGGAUCUUGUGGCAUUGGGAAAACUACACUGCUGGAUCUGUUGCGUCAAGGCGCCGGCGGCGGUGGCUCCAGUGGCUCCAGUUCGCAUCGUUCCAGGGCUAAUGAGAAUCAUUGGGCCAAGCGCAUGGGACAUUCAAGGAGCUCUUCACGUUCCCAGCGACGGACGAACAUCUCAACCGUUGGCGUUGACAUCGGCACCUGGAUUUGUGAGAAGCGUAAACGGGCCACGGGCUGCCAGGCGAUUGUCUUUCGCACCUGGGAUUUUGGUGGUCAGAAGGAGUACUAUGCCACACAUCAGUAUUUUCUAUCCAAACGCAGCCUGUAUCUGGUGCUCUGGCGGAUCAGUGAUGGUCACAAGGGGUUGGCCGAACUGCUGCAGUGGCUGGGCAAUAUUCAGGCACGUGCUCCCAAUUCUCCUGUUUUAAUUGUGGGCACACACUUUGACACCGUUGGCGAGUCCAUCUCCGCACAGCAGGCGGAGCAGCUGCAGCAACUUAUACGUGAGAAGUUCAUUGCCAUUCCGGAUGCUGAGAAGAUUGGACUGCCGCGAGUCAUUGACUCCAUUGAGAUAAGCUGUCGAACUCUGCACAACAUCCAUUUGCUGGCCAACAUCAUUUACGACACGGCCAUGCAGCUGCGCUCGCCGGGAUCAAAGGAGCCUCUGCUGCUGCAGAAGAUUCCCGCCAGCUACAUUGCACUCGAGGAUAUUGUGAAUGUGAUUGCUUGUAACUUGCGUGCAGCCGGUCGUGAUCCUGUUUUGGAUGCAGAGCAGUAUCGCUGUCUGGUCACAGAGCAGAUGCGUCUGCAUAAUUACAAGAGCUUCCGCGAUGCAGCCGAGUUGCAACAGGCGACCACUUGGUGUCACGACAAUGGUAUCCUCUUGCACUAUGACGAUGCUACUUUAAGGGAUUACUAUUUCCUUGAUCCGCAAUGGCUGUGCGAUAUGUUGGCGCAUGUGGUGACUGUGCGGGAGAUAAAUCCAUUUGCACCAACCGGCGUCAUGAAGCUGGACGAUCUGCAGUUGCUCUUUCGCAGUGUGCAUGCCCAGGCAAAUGGAAAUCGCAGCUACAUUGUCAGUUUGCUGAACAAGUUCGAGGUGGCGUUGACAUGGGAUUCCCGCACGCUGUUAAUACCAUCACUGUUACCUCUACAAGAGGCAAACUCCUAUAAUGAAGGCACCACAGUUAAAUUGCUACAACGCGUUCGAGGACGUAAUCACAAUUUGGGCUGUUCUGUUUCUCAGGACUUGAAUCUGAAUAAACUGAUCUAUGAGCAUCAUACGCCACGUACUCCAACGUCAAGUGCAGCAUCGGCCAGUCAGGGAUUGCGUCGCAUGUUGUUGAUGACAUACUUUCCCUCUGGCUUCUGGUCGAGACUCAUCACACGUGUCUUGGCUGACGAACAAAUCAUUGAGGCCAUUCGAGGUGUCUAUGUAGCCGCACAAGAUAAAUAUUUGGACUUUGAUUUGCGCAGUUCGUUGGAGCAGGAUACACAGUGGAAUCUCUGGCAAACGGGCGUGGCACUUUAUUAUGGUCCUAUACUGAUCUUUCGCAUUUGGGAGGUGCCUUUCCAAAGCACUGAACGCACACAGCCCUUUCGUACAGCCAGCAAUCGAUUUAAGCUUAAGUUGGACGGUACUUGGAGCGAUGUGAAUCUUUGCUCCUCCAGCAUUUUGGACGUUUACUUUCCAUUGUUUGACGUGAGCAUAUAUCAAGAGCUAGAUGCCGGAGAACGACAGCUAUUGGCAGAGCUGCAGCCUCACAUGUCCCAAGUGGCCAAGUUGUUGGCACUGGUAGUUGAUCACAUCGAUCUACUGCUGGAGGAUUGGUAUCCAGCGUUGGGCACACGUUUUGUACACACAUCCGAGGGUCGUUUCUUGAUCACGCGCCUGGUUCUUUGUCCGCGCUGUCUGAGGAAGCUGCAGCUGCAGAACGCCACAGAUCCCUUGGAGCGGGAACCCAAUUUUAAUGGGAAUCGUCCGAGUCGCAGCAGCAAACGUGGCGCCUUCUUUCUCCAUGGAGCUGGUGAUCCUGGCGACGAUGGGGCUUUGAAUGUCUUCUCAGCGUAUCUGAAUGCAACUGCAAGUCGGGAAAGACGCUCCGCGGACUCACUGGGAGCUGGCUCAGAUGCGGAUUCAGGUGUUGGCCCUGAUUCGGCGUUCUCCUCGCGCAACACCUCCGUGGAUGGCCAUCCUGCAUAUGCAACCCAUCAUUUGCCAGAUAACUCCAAUGUCUGCUAUGCUUGGAUGGUUGAGGAGUGCAUUUUAUCGGUCUACAAUCAGAGCAAACUCAGCUGCCCUGUGCAUCUGGAGCAAUCCAUGGCCCAGCUGGCGCCAGAUGUGAUUUUUGCAGAUAUUCCCGACAAGCAUACAAUUGCCACGGAGUGUAUUAAGAAGGGUUCACUGCUGGGACGCGGUGCCUUUGGAUUUGUCUUCAAAGCCAGCUGCAAGUUGCGCGGUGCUCGAGCUUUUCGCUCGGUGGCCAUGAAAAUGCUGCAGCCGGUGCCGCCAGGAGCACGAGCCAAGGAGAGCGCUUUGAUGGCCUAUAAGGUGGCUUUGGGCAAAUGGGAUCGCGAUCCUUUGCAGCAUUCUUGCAAGGCUUAUUGCACCGCUAGACAGGAGCUUGCCGUGCUCUUAACUCUGAAGCAUCCCAACAUUGUGCCCCUGGUAGGCAUUUGCAUUAAGCCACUCGCUUUGGUGCUGGAACUGGCCCCAUUGGGCGGACUCGACGCUCUCUUGCGGCAAUAUAGACGCAGUGGUGCCCACAUGGGUCCACAUACGUUUCAAAUGCUGGUGGUGCAGGCAGCGCGUGCUAUAGAGUAUCUACAUCGUCGUCGCAUUAUAUACCGCGAUUUGAAAUCGGAAAACGUGCUCGUCUGGGAGCUUCCACAGCCACACAGUGAGGAUUCUCCGCGGAAUCAGGUGCACAUUAAAAUUGCUGAUUAUGGCAUCAGUCGACAGACGGCAGCGGGUUUGAGUGCCAAGGGUUUUGGUGGCACUGAGGGCUUCAUGGCUCCAGAGAUUAUACGCUUCAACGGCGAAGAGGAGUACACGGAAAAGGUGGACUGUUUUUCCUUUGGCAUGUUUAUCUAUGAAAAUAUUAGUCUGCGUCAGCCUUUUGAGGGUCACGAAUCCAUCAAGGAAUGCAUACUCGAAGGCAGUCGUCCUGCGUUGACACAACGUGAAACACAGUUUCCAACCUGUUGCCUGGAUCUUAUGGUACUCUGUUGGCACGAACAGCCGCGUCGUCGUCCAUCUGCUAGUCAAAUCGUGUCCAUACUCAGUGCCCCGGAGUGUAUUCAUCUGCUGGAUGUGGUGGCUUUGCCGCACAGCGAUAAGAUUGUGUGUGGCGCCUUUCAGCUGCUAUUGGGCGGCCUGGAGGAGGAUCGUUCUGGGCUGGAGUUGUGGCUGCCAGCCUUUGGCUCACGCAUCGAUAUAUUGGACGUUUCGCCCACUGGCAGCUUGUUGCAGUGCAGCAGCCUUAGUUGUGCUCCCCAGCCACAAAUGGUGGCGCCCAAAACACCCGAAAAUAGUGCAACGUCACGUGCUCGCUCUGCACAGCGUAUUCCCAAGGUGAAUAUGCAGUGUUGUUGUCUGGUGGGUGAGGCCAUUUGGAUGGGCGAUGUGUCGGGCAAUCUGCAUGCUUACAGCACAACAAGCUAUGCCCAUUUGUUUUCCUAUAUGCUUGAUCCAGCCAUCAAAUCGGCUGUGGUAAGUCUGGUUUAUAUGGAGGGAAUUGCACGAGUUGCCGUCGGAUUGCACAAUGGUCGAGUAUUUCUGGUGGAUGCCAGUCGGAUGCCAAGUAAUUGCGCUUUUGCCGAGGGCUCCUUUGUGCUCACCGAGAUUUGUUCCGGUUUUGUGCUGCACGCCGCCUGCUCAGUGCUCAUUGAUGGCAUCUAUGAGCUUUGGUGCGGCGAGAUUGCUGGUAAAAUUAACGUAUUUCCGGUGAACGAGUCGGGUGUAUGCGGUCAUCAGGCUUUGUGUCACAGCGAGGAGCCCAAUCUCAUUGAGGAUGUCAAAGUGUCACGCUUGUGCAGCAAUGAUAGCCAUGUCUUUAGCUGUCUCUAUCCCGGUUGCAUGGUCUAUCAAUGGGGAGCAUCCUCAAAGCGUAUUGAAAACAAAUUGGACUGUUCCAAGCUAUUGCCCUGCUCCGAAUCACUUCAGAGCAUUGCCAUUGAUGAGCAUGUUAAUCUAAUUAAAUGCCAAAUCUCGGCAUUGGCGGCACACAACACGGAGCUUUACAUUGGCACCACUUGGGGUUGCCUCAUUGUGGCAGAGUUGCAGACGCUGCGUCCAAUUAGCGUCUUUCGCCCGUACGAAAAUGAGAUUAAGGCUAUCAUAACCAUGCGCAGUGCUAGCGUGCCUUUGAUUGCCACACUUGGAAGAAGAUAUCGCUCGUUAAUAUCCCGUUAUGUGGACACCGCCGAGAACUCAUCAAAUCCGACGGGUUCUAUGGCGAACACACCCACACAUGGUGCCGCCAAAUCUGUACCUCCAGCGGAUGUGGAUAAUCACAUACAUUGUCUGCUUUGGCGAGCCAGACACUGGACCUAAAACGGAUCUCAAUUUAAUCUAAAUGUUUAAUAUUGUUAAGCAAAAAUAUUUAUUACUCAACCAAAUCUUCUAUUUAUGCAAUAAGAAAAAUUUGUUAAUUUGUAGUUCUACCUCUGCGGGAGUGGUCGUAAAAUUCCUUAUGGUGCUUUUAGAAGUCGAGCACAAAGCUAUUAACAACUAAGCAGAUUGCGUAUAGCAAAUGUUUAAGGCUAUUUUACAUAAUUUGAUGUAGUAUUUUUAAAGUAUUCUAACUAAUUUUUGAUGCAGUUUUACUGUAAGUUUAUUAAGCAUUCCAUUUCAAAGAACAAACUUUUAAUAAAAAUGACAAUUUUCAAUUUAA